AUGGGUCCCCGAACACGAGACUUGCUGUUCUGCGCCGCCGUAUCUGCCGUUGCUGUUGCGGCUGCGUCUUGCGCGGCUCCAUGCAGUUCGAGCGCCGACCUGCCGCUACCCGUCAGGACGGUCUACCAGUUCGACUCAGAGACAUGGAUUGAGAACCUUGCGGUGCGGCCAAACGGCGACCUCCUUCUAAUUGUUGACGAGAAUGUCACAUUCCCGGAACACACCGUUGCGCUUUACCGACUCAGUAACCCCGUGUCACCGGAGCCCGAGCUCUCCCUGGUAUAUGCCUUUCCUCUUGGCACGGUUCUAGGAAUUGCCGAGAUCGAGCCCGAAGUCUACGCAGUGCUGGCCUCAAACUUCACCGGCAACUUCGCCGCCAUUCCCGGAACGGCGAAGCUGUUCACGUUUGACUACAACAACGGCGAUCAACCAACCAUGAUCUGGGCCGUCAACAUCACCACGGGCGCCACCACAAUCUUCGCGCAGGUACCCGAGAUGGCCCAGGUCCGUAACCAGACCAACAUGGGCAUCAACGGGUUACGUGUGUUCCGUGGCCAUCUGUACUUUACAAACAGCGACCUCCGAUCGGUGUACCGUGUACCACUAGACGGCUGCGGCUCGGGAGGUAAACCCAGAAUCCCGGGCUGA